ACCUAUUAAGUCACCUGACAGCUCCUUUAGUGUCAGUAGAGAUGAAAAUGUCAGGAUUAAACGGAGAUCCAGAGCUUAUAGCUGAUGAUGGGAUCAUCGAGGAUGAGGAUGAUUUUAAUGAAGAAGAGUAUGCUGCAAUUAACUCCAUGCUGGACCAGAUAAACUCCUGCCUUGACAACUUGGAGGAGAGGAACGAUGCUCUGAACGGACAGCUGCACGAGCUCCUGGAGUCUAACCGGCAGGCUCGGCAAGAGUUUCGAGCUCAGCUCAACAAAAAGCAACCGGAAGAGCAGAAAGCACCAGUGUCUGAGGGAUGACGACUGGAUUCCAGCGCUGACUCAUUCCACUGGCAUAAAGCUGUCCUGUAUUUGUGUUUGCUCUAUUUACUAUACGGCGUAGAAACGUCAAGCUUCGUGUGUACAGCCGUGUUCCUCCAUGUCAUGUUUUAUUAUUGUUUUAUCCGAACAAAGAUGAUUAUUUAUGAUAAAUAUUUAAUAAAUCACUCCUUUCAAAACCAA